AUGGCAGAAACACAGAAAAGACUACGCGUUGGUGUUAUUGGCGCCGGAGAAGUCGCCCAGGUCAUCCACCUUCCCGUUCUGGGUCUUCUCAGCCACCUGUAUACGACAACCGCAGUGUGUGAUAUCUCGUUAAAGACCGCAGAGCACUGUGCUACCAAAUUCCACAUACCUCUAGCAACAAGCGACCCCAACGACAUCUUCAAGAGUCCAGACGUCGAUGUCGUUUUCAUUCUCACAAGCGACGAAUUCCACGAACCGUACGCAAUCGCAGCCCUCGAAGCCGGCAAACAUGUCAUGAUCGAAAAGCCCUUCACCCUCUCCGUCCAAAGCGCCGACCGCGUCAUCGCCGCCCAAGCCAAAUCCAACGGACGUAUCGUCUUCAUCGGCUACAUGAGACGCUACGCCAAAUCCUUCACUCAGACCUUCAAACGCGAAGUCGAAUCGAUCCCCAGAAUCCACUACGCCCGAGUCCGCGACUUCCCAGGCCCAAAUCCCCUCUUCGUCUCUCAAAGCGGUGCUUUCGCCGUCAGACAUGUAGACGAUAUUCCCUCUUCUGCUGCAGAAGAUCGAGAUAAUCGUCUCAACGCUCUUUACAAAGAAGCUUUCCCAGGCGACCAACCUAUUACAGAACAGGGCAUCAAACUCUGUCGAUUCCUCGGAACGCUCGGCUCUCAUGAUCUUUCCCUCAUGCGUGAAGUUCUCGGUUCCCCAUCAGAAGUCCUAGCCGUCACGGCCAACGAUCCGGUUUAUACCGCAAUGUUCACCUUCCACAACACCAAAUCCCCAGGCAAAGAACCCUUUACCGUGACCUACGAAUCCGGAUGGGACGAAGUACCAGAUUUCGAUGCUCAUCUCGCCAUAUACGGCGAGAAGAAGAGAGUUUGGAUUCAGUACGAUUCGCCUUUUGUUAAGGGAUUAGCGAUCAAGGUCGUCGUGCAAGAAAAGAAUUCCGAAGGAGAAAUUGAGACGAGGGAGAUGUUGGGUUCGUAUGAGGAUGCUUAUACAGUGGAAUUACAGGAAUUGUAUGAGUGUAUUGUAAAUGGGAAGAAGGUCAAGACGUCGGCGGAGGAUGCGAGGGAGGAUUUGAGGUUGUAUGAUGAAAUGUAUAAGAAGUGGGCUGCUGGCCAGGCUGCUGCGUAG